AUGAAGGCCGCGACCCUCCUCUCUGUCCUCCCCUUUCUGGGUCGGGCAGCAGCUAUGCCUCUCAUCCAGCCCCGUGAGGCCAAUUCCACCAUGGCACCCAACAUCUCGCUGCUCCAAGCAGCAUCCAUGGGGGAGUUGGCGGCGCUCGUGAGUAUCGCGGAAGCGCCAACCGACCCGGCAAACGAGAACGGGUUGACGGGAGCCUGUAAAGCAGUCACCGUCCUCUACGCCAAGGGCACCGGCGAAAACGGCAACAUGGGGGACGGGAGCUCUCCGGGGCCAGCCUGGGUCGCCGCCAUCCGGUCGUCUCUGGGGACCGCCGCCGUCACCGUGCAGGGCAUCGAUUACGAUGCUUCCGUCCUGGGGUAUCUCUUGGGGGGAUCGCCGUCGGGAAGCGCCACCUACCUCGACAGGAUCAACCAGGCGAGCACCCAGUGCCCCGGCACCAAGAUCGUGCUCGGUGGCUACUCUCAAGGUGGUCAGAUCCUGCACAACGCCGCAGAGAAGCUCACCGCUGCCGUGACAGCCAGGAUUGCCGCUGUUGUCAUAUUCGGUGACCCAGAUCUGCGCGAUCCUGUUGGGACUGUCCCAAGCUCAAAGGUGCUUGAGGUCUGCCAUGUUGGCGACAUCAUCUGUACUGGGUUUGGUGGAAGUGCGGCGCAUCUGAAUUACGCAAUGGAUGCCGCGGUUGCUGCUGCGUUUGUUGUUGCUAGGGUUUGA